AUGGACAUUGAUGAGGACGAUGAGGACGACAUUGUAAUCACCAAGAGAAAGAGAACUUCCAACGGGACCGCAGCUGGCUCCAAGCGAGCCAAGAAGGUUAAGGAGGAGCCCAAAAGCGCUCGAGUGCCCAAGACUCCGAAAACUCCGAAAAGUGCCGCUGUUUCCAAGGCCCCAAAAACCCCAAAGACUCCAAAGACCCCAAAGACUCCAAAGGCCGCUAAAACUCCCUCUGACAAGGUGAAAGAAGAGACACCAAAGGAGGAGACUCCGGACGACAUGGGGUACAAGUGGUGGGAGGCUGAGGAGAACGAUGGCGAGCAAAAGUGGGAAACUCUCGACCACAACGGAGUGAUAUUCCCUCCGGAAUACGAGCCAUUGCCCCUGCAUGUCAAGCUCUUCUACAACGGAAAACCUGUGAAUUUGCCUAAGGAGGCAGAGGAAGUGGCAGGUUUCUUCGGUGCCAUGCUUGAAACGGAACAUGCCAAAAAUCCAGUUUUCCAGGCCAAUUUCUUCGCCGAUUUCUUACAAGUGUUGAAGGAAUGUGGAGGAUGCGGCGUGGAAAUCAAGGAGUUUUCCAAGUGUGACUUCACCAAGAUGUAUGCCCACUUCGAGUUGUUGCGUGAGGAAAAGAAGAACAUGACCAAGGACGAAAAGAAGAGGCUCAAGGCCGAAAAGGAAGCGUUCGAAGAACCCUACAAGACUUGUUUGUUGAAUGGCCGUAAAGAGUUGGUGGGAAACUUCAGAAUCGAACCUCCAGGCUUGUUCAGAGGUAGAGGUGCCCACCCUAAGACAGGUAAAUUGAAAAGAAGAGUUCCUCCAGAGAGCGUUACUCUCAACUUGGGACAGGGAGCCAAAAUCCCAGACCCACCACCAGGACAUCAGUGGGGCGAAAUUAGACACGAUAACACCGUCACCUGGUUGGCCAUGUGGAAGGAGAAUAUUGCUGAUUCGUUCAAGUACGUCAGAUUUGCUGCCAGUUCAUCGAUCAAGGGUCAAUCUGACUUCAAGAAGUUUGAAACCGCCAGGAACUUGCGUAACCACAUCGAGGAGAUUAGAAAGGACUACACCAAGUUGUUGAAGAGUGACAUCAUGCAAAAUAGACAGAUGGCCACGGCCACCUACCUCAUUGAUAUAUUUGCCUUGAGAGCUGGUGGUGAAAAGGGAGACGACGAGGCGGACACUGUUGGUUGUUGUUCGUUGAGAUACGAGCACAUCACCUUGAAACCCCCAAACAAGGUCAUUUUUGAUUUCUUGGGUAAGGACUCUAUUAGAUUCUACCAGGAAGUGGAAGUGGAUCACCAGGUGUUUAAGAAUCUUCGUAUCUUCAAAAAGGACCCCAAACAGCCUGGUGACGACUUGUUUGACAGAAUCACUCCCUCGUUGUUGAACAGACAAUUUCAAAACUAUAUGAAGGGUUUGACUGCGAAGGUCUUCCGUACCUACAAUGCAUCCAAAACCAUGCAGGAUCAGAUUGACUUGAUACCCAACGAAGGUACAGUGGCUGAGAAAGUGGUCAAGUUCAAUGCUGCCAAUAGAACCGUGGCUAUCUUGUGUAAUCACCAGCGUACGGUCAGCAGAACACACAACACCUCAGUCCAGAAAAUCAACGAUAAGUUGAAGGAGUUGAUUUGGAAUAAAAUCCGUCUCAAGAAAAUGAUCCUUGAAUUGGAGCCUAAGUUGAAGAAAAAGGACCCAAAGUAUUUCAACGAGCUUGAUGACUUAAGCAAGGAGGACGAGGCGCAUAUCCAUAAAAUCAUCAUUGAAAGACAAAAAGAACAAGCCUUCAAGAAGUUGCAGAGAGACAACGAGAAAUUAAAGGCGGAGAAGAUGCCGUUACUCUCGGAAGACUCGAUAAAGGAGAAGCUUGAGAAGAUAGACGAAUUGAAGGAAGAGUACGCCCUCGAAUUGAAAACAGGAAAGCCUGAAAUCAAGAAGAGUACCACUGUGGAGAAAUUGAAGCAGCAGAUCGAAACCAUUGCUAACAGAAUUUCCACCACCACCUUCCAAUUGAAGGACAAGGAGGACAACUCCGAGGUGUCAUUGGGUACUUCCAAGAUGAACUAUAUUGAUCCCAGACUUACCGUGAUGUUUUCAAAGAAGUUUGACGUGCCCAUAGAAAAGCUUUUCACUAAGACUUUGAGAGAAAAGUUCAAGUGGGCCAUUGAAAGCACCGAUGCAGACUGGAGGUUUUGA